AUGACCUCAGCACCCUCAGUUGUGCCUCUGCGUUUUAUAUUCGUUUUAAGGCGAACUGGUGGGGCGCAACAACAAAAAAUAAAAACAACAACGGCAGCAACAACGAGGUUACAUAGCAAUAGCAAGCAGACUUAUAUAUCAGCACAUUGGAAUUUUACGGGACACGCAUCGCUGGCAACACACGCAGCGGUGGCUGCAGAGGUGACAACMACAUUUAAGCAAACAACAAAAACGAGAUCAAUUGGGGUGGAGACACGUGACGCGUGCAUUUCGGUUCAUGCAACGAAAGCGUUUCGCGGUCCAGUAGUGGGAGCGGUGGUGGAAGCAGCAACUGCAACGGCAACAAAAACGGAAACAAUAACAACAACAACCUGUCAUUACGUCAAUUUGGGCGGUUGUAAAGCGAAACGAAAUCAAUCCCAAAACUGUAAUCGUGAAACUUUUAAUUUCUCCCGCUCGCUUGUCAGUGYUGUGCUGCUCCUCUGUUGUCUUGCGUCAAAUAGUUUCGUAACAGCAGCGCCAUUGGUGAAGGUUUCCACUGCAAGUGGCAAUGACGUGCAAGUCGCUGUUGCCGUCGGUGGUAUCGGUGUMGUUAAUGGUUUAGCUAACCGUAAAGCGGGUGCUAACACCAACAACAGCGUGGACCCCUGCGCUCUUAAGACACAACRAAAUGUUGACUGCCAUGCAACGCUUCCCCACAGCGAUGACUACAAUAUCAAUGGCAAUGCUUAUCAUGUACAACAACCAAUUAUCGAAACUACAGUCGCGCUUCUGCUCAUACCAACUGCAACGCUUUUCGAMACCACAACUACCGUUAAAUCUGUUGCCACUGCCAGUGAAAACAGUGAAACCGUGGCGAGCGACACCACCGCUCCACUGCUCUUCGAUGGCGCCAGCACCACUGCCAAUGUGUCCGCCGUGCAGGAGAUUCUCGAAGUGCCACAGAUUCCCGCUUACAUACGCAACACAGCCAUGUGCUUUUGCAUAGCAAUCAUGCUGCUGGGUGUUAUUGGCAACAUUAUGGUGCCAAUUGUUAUUGUGAAAACCAAAGAUAUGCGCAACUCCACCAAUAUAUUCCUUACAAAUCUCAGCAUUGCCGAUCUAUUGGUACUGCUGGUGUGCACGCCAACCGUAUUGGUCGAGGUAAAUACGCCACCGGAGACCUGGGUGCUGGGCCAUGAAAUGUGCAAAGCCGUGCCAUUUAUUGAGCUAACAGUCGCACAUGCCAGCGUGCUGACAAUUUURGCCAUCUCAUUCGAGCGCUACUAUGCCAUAUGUGAGCCACUGAAAGCCGGUUAUGUGUGCACCAAGGCGCGUGCCAUACUUAUUUGCAUAUUGGCGUGGGGAAUUGCGGCCGUAUUUACCAGUCCAAUUAUUUGGGUUGCUGAGUACAAAUUCGUCGAGUACAUUGAUGGAUCAUCGGUGGCAGUCUGUUUGACGCAAGCGACCACCAAUUGGACUGUCGGAUACUUUUUGAUGACAAUAAUCAUAUUCUUUAUACUACCCCUACUCAUCCUUAUGGUACUGUACGCCAUUAUAGCAAAGAAUCUAAUAUCCAGCAAUGGUCCAAUGUUGCGUGUAAGACCGUCGAAACCAGAGUUGAGCUUAAAGGCGCGCAAACAAGUCGUACUCAUGCUGGGCGCUGUCGUUUUAUCAUUUUUUCUUUGCCUGCUGCCCUUUCGUCUGCUCACCAUGUGGAUCAUACUCAGUUCAGAGCAGACCUUCUUCGAGAUUGGCAUCGAACGUUACUACAGUCUAUUGUAUUUCUGUCGUAUCAUGUUCUACCUGAACUCCGGCAUCAAUCCAAUUCUCUACAAUCUGAUGUCGACAAAGUUUCGUAAAGGAUUUUUGCGACUCAUUUUAAGCACAUGGCAAAGCGCCGUCUCAUCAGUAACCUGCGGACGCUAUAAACGCAUACGUGCACGUACCGGCACCAUAACUGGUUUGGCGACCAACACCAACACGAACACCUCGAAUACCGCCAGCAGCCAUGCGACCACGUCUAGUAUACUCUCACGUCAAUCUAAUCGCCGUUACAGUGACGACAUGGUCAACACUAAUUCUAGUACGCGCACCGUUACAAAGACACAAAUACAAAUACAUAUGCACAUACCGUGCGGCCCGGACAAUGAGAUGUUGGCGAUGUUGCAGAGCAGUAUAACAACCAAGCUUGGGAAGGAAGGGCAACGCAAUGAAAGUAAUAUGUGUGCGAGUGGACAACAAAAGUCCACAACGAAGUGUCAUAAAAUGCAGUCCGCAAUGCGUGCUCGGGGCGAGUCGGYCGCGAAGGGCUCUAGUAGACGUUCGGUACACGUCAGUUUCGAUGACGAAGAGGCUCAAGAUCCGGAAGAGGCUAUUACUCUAACUCCCAUCAUACUAAUUGCAACCUUCGGCAUGGAACGUUACUACGACAACACAGUGGUGGCUGUGUGCUUCACGUCAGCGGAAACAUUCUGGUCGGCACUCUUUUUCAUCGCUUGCAUUGCCAUAUUCUUUUUGUUGCCCUUCAUAGUGUUGGUGUUGCUCUAUGUAGCCAUUGCUUACAAGCUUUUACGUCGCAACAUUGACUUUCAUCGACCUACCACGGCCGCUGCGCAUGUACGAUCCACCACUAGCCUGAGCUCGGUUAUCUUGCGCCAGCAAUCAUUAAACAAACUACCACUACAGAUGACACGCAGUGACACUGAUAAUAACCGUGGCGGCACAUUAAAUAUUGGCGCAAGCGCUCAACAGUUACGUACAGGUAUGCGGAAACAUCGCAAGCAGGUGAUUUUCAUGUUAGUUGCGGUUGUCGCCAGUUUCUUUCUUUGUCUUUUACCAUUCCGUGCUUUCACAUUGUGGGUUAUCGCUGCAUCGCCAGAGGAUAUCGCCGCACUUGGUAUUGACGGUUAUUAUGGUGUUUUAUACGUUUGUCGCAUAAUGCUCUAUUUGAAUUCGGCUCUGAAUCCGAUACUCUAUAAUCUUAUGUCAUCGAAAUUCCGCACUGGAUUUUGGCGUUUGAUUAUUUCCUGUUGCAACAAACAUAGAAAACACCCGAUCGGACGUGGCAAUAGGCGCACGAUUGCAACGACAACAACAACCAGCCGACAGCAAACUGAGCUAAAGCCACCAAGAACUUACGAACAACGUCGUUUAAGAUUCAAACGCGAAUCAACAUUUGCAGUGAGCUCGUCCAUUUCCACAUCUUCAGGCACGGAGCGAAGUACUAGCGUUACUAUAGUAGCAAGUCGACCAGUUAUGGCUCCACGAUCAGGAGUGGGUGCGGCAAUAAUAGAUAUAACCAAAAGUACUGUAUCAAGUGCAUGCCCUUUGGAAAGUGAUGAAAACGACAAAGUGGGAGAUCCUAUCACUUGAGUGUGGAAAAAUUGCACCUGACUGUAUUUCCUAUAUGCCCAUUGCAAAAGUUACUCUAUAAGUAAGACUGAUAAACCUCGAAGUCAAUAAUUAAUGCUUUCAAUUAAAAUGCUUUUGGUUAUAAGGGAGUUAUCUGUGGUCCAAUUAAGUACCUAAGCACAUCCAAUAUUGAUUUUUUUCAUUCUUUCUUAAAGAUAUGAUUGCAAGUUAUAUUUAGGAAUAACGUACAUACAUAUGUACUUAAGUAUAUAAUAAAAGUAUAAUAACUUCAAAGUAAAUGUAAAUAAUAAAAUAUACGGGCAUGUGCUGCAAAUCGUUUUC